ACACACUCUUAGUUUUAGUUUUGCUAUAGGCGGCGGAUUAAAAUUGCUUGAGCAUCCCAUAACGCGACGGCGUCAUUUAAAAAAAUAGAAUAAUACGUGUUUACGUAGAAUAAAAUACUGCUUUGUAAUAACUAUUAUAAGUUGUUAAGACGCUUGCCUUUGCGAUAGUUCGGUGUCAAGUAACAAAAUGAGCAAAAGACGUCGGACGAGCUCAUUCCAAGAUGACGAAAACAGCGAAGAGGAUGCUUCCCCCGAACAAAGCCCCGUGCCAGCAACAACAAGGAAAAAGAAGAGGCUUGAUCCGAUGGAAUUAUGUCAACAUAUUUACGAUUCAAUUAGAACAUUCAAAAAAGAGGAUGGCACUACACUUUGUGACACAUUUAUUCGAGCACCCAAGCGUCGCCAAGAACCAUCGUACUAUGAAGUAGUAAUGAAUCCGAUUGAUUUAUUGAAAGUUCAACAGAAACUGAAGACAGAUUCAUAUGAGGAUGUGGAAGAUUUAACCGCCGAUAUUGAACUGAUUGUAAACAAUGCAAAAGCCUUUUAUAAGCCCGAUUCUACCGAAUAUCAAGACGCUUGCAAGCUGUUGGAUGUGUUUAAUACUAACAAAAAACGUGUUUUAGAAAAUCAAAUAGAAGAAGGAUGCUUGGAAAUGAAGCCCAGAAAAAUCACACGUCCACGAAAAUCGCUCACAAUCGAAGAAGAUGAAUUCGACGAAGGUUCAGAUUUCGACCCGUACGAGGAACUAUUUGCAAUCGUCAUGACGGCAGCGGAUCCUUUGGAUAACCAUGACUUGCAUCACAUGUUUCAGCUGUUACCAUCGAAAAAACUCUAUCCUGGUUACUAUGACAUUAUCGAUCACCCGAUAGAUUUGAAACUGAUUGCUACAAAAAUUCAAACCAGUGCCUACUCAAACCUCAAUGAAAUGGAAAAGGAUUUGUUGCAAAUGACGAAAAACGCAUGCACCUUCAAUGAGCCCGGAUCGCAAAUUUACAAGGAUGCAAAAAUGCUGAAGAAAAUAUUUAUGGCACGCAAAGCGGAAAUAGAAUCAGGACGGUAUAGAAAACCACUCACCAAACGUCCUAGGCUUGCGUCUAGUGCGAUGGUGGCAGCGUUGAAGGAAGAAAUAGAAAGCUCCGACGAUGAUUUUGACGAUUCCAUGGAAACCGAAGGUGAUGGUCCGCUUUGGCAACUGUUUGACCAACUGUACAACACUGCUAAUACUAAUGAUCCCAAUGCCUUAGGUGCGCCUUUGGGUGAAUCUCUGUGGAAACUGCCGAAUAAACGAUUUCAUCCCGAAUACUACAACCUGAUCAAGAAGCCGAUUUCCAUGGCUCAAAUAAGAAACAAGCUGAAAAAAGGAAUCUAUACUCAUAUCACCGAUAUGACCGCCGACUUAUAUUUGAUGCUGGAUAAUGCGAAAAAAGCAAACGCUCCAAACACAAAAACUCACAAGGAUGCACUGAAAAUGCAGAAAAUUCUCAACCAAAAGUUGAUCGAUUCCGGAGAUUUAGAAGAAAGCGAUGAAGAAGUGGAUGAAGAAGAUACGGAUUCGUCAACCCACACAUCAUCACGAAAAAAGGCUCGCGCAGCCAGGGACAGCAAAAGUAUUGGUUCUCCUUUACACCACAGCUCCAUAAGUAAUGUAGUCGUUUCAAAAUCCAACCGCGUAUUGCCGGCAACUUCGUUAAAAAAGAAGCUGUUAUCGCUACAUGAAUUCCUUGUCGGUUUUACGUAUGAUGAUCAUCAACCUAUGGCCCUGUUCAUGGAAAAGCCUUCGAAAAAGUUGUAUCCGGAUUACUAUCAAGUUAUUCAGCAUCCGAUUGACAUGGCGACAAUAGAAAACAACAUAAAAGCCGACCGUUAUAACACAAUCGAUGAUAUUGUGGGCGAUUAUCGGUUGAUGUUUUCAAACUGUCGUAAGUAUAACGAAGAAGGAUCGAUGAUCUACGAAGACGCCAACAUCUUGGAAAAGGCAUUAAAUGAAAAAUUAAAGGAAUUCUCCGGCAUAAGCAAAAAACUCAACCUUACAGGCAAAAUUGCCAAACCAGUCCGCAAAAGUAACACCACUCCACUUGAAGUAAAACUAAAGCAAAUGUACGACACGAUAAGGGAAUACAGAGAACCAAAACAAAAUCGGCAAUUAUCGUACAUAUUUAUGAAAUUACCUUCAAAAAGCGAAUAUCCGGACUAUUAUGAUAUCAUCAAAGAUCCGAUCGAUAUUGAAAAAAUCGAAAAAAAGUUACGACAGCAGGUUUAUGAAAGCGUCGAUGAUAUGGCUGCAGAUUUUAUGCUAAUGUUUGAAAACGCUUGCAAGUACAAUGAACCUGAUUCUCAAAUUUACAAGGAUGCUCUAUGUCUGCAACAAUUGCUCAUACAGACAAAACAAGCUUUGCGAAGUGAAGAAACUGUACCGAAUGUUCAGCAAGCGGUACAGGAGCUUUUGUUGUCACUCUUUACUACAUUUUACAACUAUCAAGAUGAAGAAGGUCGAUGCUAUUCGGAUUCGUUGGCAGAAUUAGCCGAGUACGAUGAAUGUGACGGCAAUAGAGUGAGAGCGAUUUCCUUGGAUCUCAUCAAACGUCGCCUAGACAAGGGUUUAUACAAGCGUUUGGACACAUUUCAAGAAGAUAUUUUUAGCUGCCUUGAACGUGCCCGUCGACUCAGCCGUACCGAUUCACAAGUGUUUGAAGACUCAAUUGAAUUGCAAUCAUUUUUCAUAAAAAAACGUGACGAAUUGUGUCAGAAUGGUAAUGUGCUUGAAUCGCCCGCACUGAGCUACAACACAAUGCACUUAAGCGCAGCGGUAGAAUCUCUACGGCAAUCCAAAUUGUUGCAGGAAGAGGAAGCUGACACAGACAAUGAUGCAGUGCAAGCAUCUCAAGGCGAAAGUAUGACGAUUGAUCAAAAAGUGUUUUCACCCGGAGACUUUGUAUAUAUCGAUUUACCCGAAAACAAAAUUCCUGGCAUUAUGUACAUUGAGCGUCUAUGGACAACUGCCGAUAACAUUAAAAUGAUGAACGGCCUAAUACUUCUCCGGCCUCAUGAAACGUUCCACGUGCAGACAAGGAAGUUCAUGGAACAGGAAUUAUUUAAAAGCGAUCAACAUGUCCAAAUCCCUUUAUCCAAAGCGUUAAACAAAUGCUUUGUAAUGCACGUUCGAGAUUAUGUGAAACUAAUGCCUGAAAAUUUCGCCAGCAAAGAUGUGUUUGUGUGCGAAUCGCGGUACAGUUCUAAAGCAAGAUCAUUUAAGAAGCUCAAAACGUGGAAUCUAAUACGCGCCAAUGAUCCGGUAAAAUUAAUUCCUCGAGAAGCUACGCUCGAAGUGAAGCGUGUUAUGUCUGUUUUUAAAGAGCGGGUAGAAAAGCACAAGGAAGAACUUUCGGAAUUACAGCUGCAGGAGGCAAUGCUAGAAAAAGAGAAGCCUAACGUGGUUAUUUAUAUGAACGGAGUAGAAGAUGGUAAUGUGUACUAUGAGCAGUACAACACUGUUUGUGGUGGUGUAGUAAAAACAGGCGAUUACGUCUACGUAGCUACAGAAUCUGGCAAGCAAUCGAUUUCACAAAUUACAUCCAUUUGGGAAACGAAAGAUGGAAAAGUUUUGUUCCGAGGUCCGUGGCUUUUAACUCCGCCCGAAGUUCCUGGUACUAUUAGUAGGUUAUUUUAUCGACAAGAAGUACUGCUUUCAACUAUUCAAGAAACUACUUCAGCUGUGGCAAUUGUUGGCCGGUGUGCUGUGCUCGAUCAAAAUGAAUAUAUCACUAGGAGGCCAACAGAAAUCGCGGAAGCUGAUGUAUACAUGUGCGAAUCAAUAUUUGACGAAUUUAAAAAACAAAUUCGAAAAAUAGUAGCUCCUUCCGGAUUGCGUAAAUUUACACAUAGUCAAAUGGUUACAACAGACGAAGUGUAUCAUUUCCGUCGUCCAAUAAAUCCACCCAAGGUCACCUGUGGCGAAAUUGCAGCCGUGCAGGAGAGCAAAUCCACAUCGAAUGAUUUUAUGGAUAUGAAGGAUGACUUUGGCAUCAUCGAUGAUUCAAUCGAUGGGCCUCCGUCGAUUGGGUCGGACACAAUCUCUACGGCUUCGCCACAUCCAACACAUUCGACCAACACCAGCACACCGUCGAUGAGCAGCAAAAAAACAUCCAAACCAGGCAAGAAGCUCGUAACGGGAUACAUACUGUAUUCUAGCGAACACCGGAAGACUAUAUGUGCCAGCAAUCCGGAAGCAACGUUCGGUGACGUAUCGCGCAUAGUCGGAAACGAAUGGCGCAACUUGAGCGAACAGGAAAAGGCUGUUUGGGAGCAGCGCGCGAUUAAGAUCAAUGAGGAAAGUGCGGCCAAACACGCCGCUGAAAUGGGAGAAUCAAGUUGUCCGAGCCCAGCAAACUUCAAAACCGACGGUCCAAUCGUACAGGACAUCGUGCCGAAUCAUGCCUACGAAUGCUGCUGGGAUAAAUGUGACUUUCAAUUUGAAGACCCUGUCGAAUGUUUGGAGCACUGUAUUGGAGAAGGUUCGGGAUGUGUGUACAAGACGUUCAUUGCUUCGGCAGAUCAAGAAUUUAUUUGCAUCUGGCGUAACUGUGUACGACUCCGUCGAAAUAUGCCACCGUUUCCAACCGUUGCUCGAUUGGUGAAGCACGUUAAAGAGGUGCACCUUACAAAAGGCGUAAGCAAGUUAGUUCAACCUCAGGACCGUAGCAAAAAUUACGUUAUUUCGAAGCGUCCAGCAACGGGCAUACACAUCGUAAAUAAUGCCCCAGUUGCUAAUAUGGCCAACAUAAAUUCUAACAACAUGGGAACGAUUACGUUGCAACCGAUGGGAAAUGUGGGAAGCCUUUCAACGAACAGCGGCAACGCAAACAUUACUGGAAUGUCCUGUCAAAACACGAGUGUAAUGACUGGAAGUAAUCCAAUACAACCGUUGCAUGCACUUCAGCCAUCCUCAAUAUCCGCUGCAAGUGGAAUUAAUGCUUCUCAGCUUGGUAAUUCAAUUGCUGCUGCACCUUACUUCAGCUAUGUAUCGUCUCAACCUGCGGAACCAUUGUUUGUUACUGUGCCUCCCCGUCCGCAGCGUGUAUUGCACUCCGAAGCGUACAUAAAAUAUAUAGAACGGCUUCAGCAGAAAUCAUCGUACAUUACACCAUGGCAAAAAACGUUAACAGCAACUAGGGAAACAAUUCCCAAUACGGAUGUAAACCGGCUACCAUCGCAGUGGUUAGGGACACGGGCCCAAGAUCGUUCGGAUACUGUAGUUGAUGCGUUAUGGCAGUUGCGAAAUCUAAUGAUGAGGGAGGUUAUUCAAUUUGACCGUUUUUAACCGAACCGACCGGCAAUGCCCUUCCAUAUCUAUGUAUUAUAGAUUUACUAAUUCUUCAUUUCACAGAAAGUGAAUAAAUAUUACGGUUGCACCUUUUAGCUCUGUAACAGCUAUUUGCAUGCAAACUCAGUAGAAUACAAUUAAA